AUAUACCAUCAGUGUCAGGUUCACCAACGUAACAAAAGCUCAGUAAGUGUCCCACAAAAAUAGAGUAUAGUGUAAAUUUUUUCGUAGUUUCUUGUCACUUUUUUUCCAAAUCUUGUUGGUGAAUGUUCGUAAUUUGAUUAUCGCUGCACUCAGCGUUUUUAAGUUUUGCCAUCGAAAACUUUUCUUUUCAUUUCGAAAGUUUAUUUGUCCAUCCGAUUCUCCAAAAUACGAAUCGCGGUUUGUGCGUCCGGAAAGACCGAACAAAAGAAAAGAAAAAAAAAUCGAAUCAAAAGCGUGAAACGUAGCGAUCGCGAACCAUCUUUUUUUCUCGUCUCGAAAAAUAUUUUCGACAUUUUUUUACGUCAAACACAACCAAUUGUGUCACAUUGAGAAGAAUAUCUGAAUAUUCUUCUGUCUUAAUUGCAUUGUAUAAUCAUGGCUAACUAAAUAAAAUGUCUAAACUCAAUUCGAAAUCCGCUACUCCAUUAGGAGUUUUGAACCAAGCGCAACAACAUUUCAAUAAACAAAAUAGUGCACCAAUUGGUGCCAUCACAUCAGCAAUUUUAAUUAAUUUUAUUCAAUUCAUCCAUAAUGGACAAGAAAAACAAUAUUCGUUUGAAUCAGAACUCUGCAAAGGGUUCGCUAACUGAGAGGAAAGGUCAAGAUGUAUCUAUUGGAAAACAGUGGCCGCGUAAUAGUCGUCGCCGUGAUCCAAAAUCAACUGCUCAAUCUAGUAGUGAUUCUCCUCGCAACAACAAUCAUAAACCUCAACCGAAAAACAAUUUCGACAAACGUGCAUCCAACGGCCGUGGUAAUGGAUAUCAGAGAAGUGCUGGUUCGUCAGCACUUACGCCGAGCACCCGACUAGACGCCGAUGAUCCCAUCGAAGCGGAAUUAAAUUCUGUGUAUUUGCCUGGAAGCAAAAAACAAAAUCUGAACCAUUUGCUAAACUUCAAUUAUACACCACGAGAAACGGCAUCGAAUUCGGUGUUCCAACGGACCGGCUAUCAUCGCCAACCGGGACGUCGCAUCAAGUAUAACAAGGAGCAAUUUUUGCAGGCCAAUUGUCAAUUCAUCAUCCGCUCGGACAUUGACAAAUCAGCCCUGCUGCCGCAUUCGAUCAGUCCGGAUCAUUUGAUUGACUGGUCAUUCGUCGAACAGGUGAAUGUUCAAAGUUCCGAAGAGCCGCAAUGUCCAAUUUGUUUGUUCCAUCCGGUCGCUGGCAAAAUGACUCGUUGUGGGCAUAUCUACUGCUGGCCAUGCGUUUUGCAUUAUUUGGCUCUAUCCGAUAAAACUUGGAGGAAAUGUCCGAUCUGCUACGAAGCCAUUCAUGCAGCUGAUUUGAAGAGUUCAACAUCAAAACCAUAUCGGAACUUUAAAGUUGGCGAUUUUGUCAGCAUGCAAUUGAUGUGCCGUGAAAAAUGUUCGCUCAAAGUGAACAAAGUGGGCAAAGUCAAACCGGACGGAUUUCCUCACAUUUCUGGCGAUGCCGAUGAAAUAUUACACUCAAAAUUGGUGUUGGCCGAUCCAAAGGAAAUCAUGGGAAUAAUUGAACGUGAACGAAACGAGCUGAAUUUCCAACUCGAAACCGAUGGACCGGAGUGUCCAGAAUCCAUUUUCGUUCAACAAGCACUGGAAUUAUUGAAAGAGCGAGAAGCCAACACCGUCGCCAUGAUGAAGAUUGUCAUCCAGAAAGAACCAGCCAUAGCUGACGAUAUUCAUACAAAACUUGAGAAAUUAAGCGUCGAUGCGGACCCAUUCGUUCCUAUCACUGCCAACUGCAAAUCGACUCAGGAAACCAUUGUUGAACCAGCUGAUAAGCUAGUUGAUAGCACUACGGAAGACGAGGCGAACAUGAUCGUACAAGACCUCGAUAUCACUCCCGUGUUCAACGAUUCGAAUUACUUUUACUUUUAUCAAUCGCGCGACGGCCAACCAUUGUAUUUGCAUUCAAUCAACGUCCGAAUGCUUCAAAUGAUGUACGGAAGUUUGGAUCGAGCUCCGCAUGUCAUUGGCGGGAAAAUUGUGCAAAAGGAAGUUUGUUCAAUGACCGAAGAGCUGAGAAAACGUCUAAAAUACUUGCAACAUCUUCCUGUGACCAGCCAAUUCGAAGUAGCCGAAUUAUCGCUUGGAAGUGAAUUGGUGUCUGAAGAAGUUCUGGGCGUAUUCAAAGACGAAAUUGUAAAACGGCAAAAAUUGCGUCAACGCCGUGCCCGUGACGAAAAUCGUCGCGAAGUAAAAAUCAACGAAGUCAACGAACGUCAAAUCGGAAAGAUUUUAUCUCGAUCCGCCAACAUUGAUGUCAAUUCUGAUCGGCAAUUUCCAUCCUGUGGUGGCAAUCCACCACUGUUCAAUGACCGAGACGAUCCGCCGUUGCAGCUAUUAUCUAGCAGCAGCGAUUUGUCAGUAUCGCCAUCUACAUCUGGCACAUCAUUUGCAAAGAUGCUUUCUCAACCGAAAAAAAUCGAAUUGUGGCCGUCCCUCAAUCCAACACCGAGUCCAUCUUGGAAUUCAGCUGGACCGUCGGAUGGUGCUAUCAGAAAGCAAACAAUUUCCACGCGAUCGUCGUACAAUGCGUCCGAUGAUAACAUUGACGAUGAUGACGAUAUGGCUGCACCGCCAGAAUUUCGAUCCGAUUUCGGUACAGCUAUAGCUGUUGCAUUGGAGAAACAAAUGUUCCAAUCUGGCGAUGGUAAAACGAAAAAGAAGAAACGAAACACCGUUUUAUUUUCGACUGGGCUACCAGGACGCUCCUUUAAGGGCAAUUAGUCGGAGACGCAGAACGAAUUAAAGACAAAAAUUUCGUUCCAAUUUAUUGUGUCUCGUCUACAUUUUCUAACAAUUUACAGCUUUCACGAAUAAUAUUCAUUAGAGCGACGAAGCAAUAUGCUUCGGCUAUAAAAUCUAAUUUGAUCUAAAAAUGAAAAAGAAACUUGAAAAAACUAAAACUUUUGUGCGAAUUGGGAUUAAUCGUUUCGGGGGAAUAUUUUAUUUUCAUCUUUAACCAAUUUACUUUACAAUAAAAAUCCGUACAAAAA